AUGGAGAAAGUGGUGCGCGAUUCCUCAGAAAAGAAUUCAAUAUCUAAUUGUAUCUGCGAUAGACCAGAGAGAACUGUAAAAUGCCUGACUUGUGGAGCGACAUUUCGAGGUCAUGCUGCACUUGUGUGCAAUGAACAUCCAAGAAGAAUCAAUUUAAUGGAUGUACGGCUUUGUCCCAAUACAUCAUGCCGUAGCGCUUACUUAAUGGAGUUUGAAGAAGUCCAACCUAUCGAUUUAUUCUUUUACCAAGAUGUUUGGUCUAUCCUCAGUCGAAGAACUUCCGGUUUAAGUCAGCUAAUAUCUCAUGGAAUAUUUCUUCAUCUAGGUGAGAUAAAGAGGAAUCUGAUAACUGAAAAAAAUAUCCCAAAAAAAAAACUCAAAAAUAUAUCCCAGUUAAUUUCGAAUCAUUGA